UCACGCGGGGUUCCUGGUCCGCUUGACGCGCAGGUGAGAAUCUGCCCUUCCGCUGCGCCCCGGACAGCCUGGAGGUGAGCACGAGCUGGCCCCUGGACCGCGAACUGCGGGACAAGUAUGAGCUGGUGGCCGAAUGCACUGUGCACGCUAGCACGCGCGAGGCGAAGGUGAUGGUGCCCUUCCCUGUAACCGUGUACGACGAGGACGACUCGCCGCCCACCUUCCCUGGGGGCGUGGACACCGCCAGCGCCGUAGUGGAAUUCAAGCGGAAGGAGGGCACUGUGGUAGCCACACUGCGUGUCUUUGACAAAGAUGUUGUGCCAGCAUCUGGGGAGCUGGUGAAGCGGUAUACAAGCACCAUGCUCCCUGGGGAUGACUGGGCCCUGCAGGCCUUCCGCGUGGAGCACUGGCCCAAUGAGACCCAGGUCCAGGCCAACGGCAGCUUUGUGCGGGCAACCAUGCAUGACUACAGGCUAGUUCUCAACCGGAGCCUCCCCAUCACAGAGAGCCGGGUCCUGCAGCUGGCCGUGCUGGUCAACGACUCAGACUUCCAGGGCCCUGGGCCAGGCAUCCUCCUCCUUCACUUCAAUGUGUCUGUGCUGCCCAUCACCCUGCGCUUGCCCAGAGCCUAUGCCUUCUCCGUGAGCAGGAGGGCCCGCCGUUUUGCCCAGAUUGGAAGAGUCUGUGUGGAAAACUGCCAGGAGCUCAGUGGUGUUCGCAUCCAGUACAGGCUGCAGCCCUCCAGUGCCAACUGCAGCGCCUUGGGGGUGGUCACCUCGGUCAAGGACACCUCAGGGACACUGUUUGUGAACGACACGGAGGCCCUGCAGCAGCCAGCAUGUGCUGAGCUCCAGUACACAGUGCUGGCCACUGAUCAGGACACCCGCAAGCAGGCCCAGGCCCAGCUACUCGUCACGAUGGAGGGGUCAUACGUGGCCGAGAAGGAGGGCUGCCUCCUGUCCUGUGCAGUCAGCAAGAGGCAGUCUGAGUGCGAGGAGUGUGGUGGCCUGGGCUCACCAACAGGCAGGUGUGAGUGGAGGCAGGGAGAUGGCAAAGGGAUCACCAGGAACUUCUCCACCUGCUCCCCCAGCACCAAAACCUGCCCAGAUGGCCACUGUGAUGCAGUGGAGAGCCGCAACGCCCACAUCUGCCCCCAGGAUUGCCUCCGGGGCAGCAUUGUUGGGGGGCAUGAGCCGGGGGAGCGGCAGGGGAUUAAGGCCGGCCAUGGCAUCUGCUACUGCUUCAUUGAGGAAAAGAAGUGCUUUUGCGAGCCAGAAGACAACCAGGACCCGCUGUGCGACGAGCUGUGCCGCACGGUGAUUGCGGCAGCCGUCCUCUUCUCCUUCAUCGUCUCGGUGCUGCUGUCCACCUUCUGCAUCCACCGCUACCACAAGAAUGCACAUAAGCCACCCAUCCCCUCAGCUGAGAUGACCUUCCGCCGGCCUGCCCAGGCCUUCCCGGUCAGCUACUCUUCGUCUGGUGCGCGCCGGCCCUCGCUUGACUCCAUGGAAAACCAGGUCUCGGUGGAUGCCUUCAAGAUCCCGGAGGAUCCAAAGUGGGAAUUCCCUCGGAAGAACUUGGUUCUUGGGAAAACUCUGGGAGAAGGUGAAUUUGGAAAAGUGGUCAAGGCAACAGCUUUCCGUCUGAAAGGCAGAGCAGGGUACACCACUGUGGCCGUGAAGAUGCUGAAAGAGAAUGCCUCCCCGAGUGAGCUGCGGGACCUCCUGUCAGAGUUCAACCUCCUGAAGCAGGUCAACCACCCACAUGUCAUCAAGCUGUACGGGGCCUGCAGCCAAGACGGGCCGCUGCUCCUCAUCGUGGAGUAUGCCAAGUACGGCUCUCUGCGCGGUUUCCUGCGCGAGAGCCGCAAGGUGGGCCCCGGCUACGUGGGCAGCGGAGGCAGCUGCAACUCCAGCUCCCUGGACAACCCAGACGAGCGGGCCCUAACAAUGGGCGACCUCAUCUCAUUCGCCUGGCAGAUCUCGCGGGGGAUGCAGUACCUGGCAGAAAUGAAGCUUGUCCAUCGGGACUUGGCUGCCAGAAACAUCUUGGUAGCCGAGGGAAGAAAGAUGAAGAUUUCGGAUUUUGGGUUGUCGCGAGAUGUUUAUGAAGAGGAUUCCUACGUAAAGAGGAGCAAGGGUCGGAUUCCAGUCAAAUGGAUGGCAAUUGAGUCCCUUUUUGAUCAUAUCUACACCACCCAAAGUGAUGUGUGGUCCUUUGGAGUCCUGCUAUGGGAGAUUGUGACCCUGGGGGGCAACCCCUACCCUGGGAUUCCUCCUGAGCGGCUCUUCAACCUUCUGAAGACUGGCCACCGCAUGGAGAGGCCUGACAACUGCAGUGAGGAGAUGUACCGCCUGAUGCUGCAGUGCUGGAAGCAGGAACCAGACAAGAGGCCAGUGUUUGCCGACAUCAGCAAAGACCUGGAGAAGAUGAUGGUUAAGAGCAGAGACUACUUGGAUCUUGCUGCGUCCACCCCAUCCGACUCCCUGCUUUAUGACGAUGGCCUGUCGGAAGAGGAGACGCCCCUGGUGGACUGUAAUAGUGCUCCCCUCCCUCGAGCCCUCCCUUCCACAUGGAUUGAAAACAAACUCUAUGGUAGAAUUUCCCAUGCAUUUACUAGAUUCUAGCACCGUUGUUCCCCUCUGCUUUAUCCUUACUCUCUGUGAUGCUUUUUAAGAGUGUUUCUGGUCUGAACAAAACCAAAGUCUGCUCUGAACCUUUUUAUUUGUAAGUGUCUGACUUUGCAUCCAGUUGACACAUUCAGGCAUUUUUGCGACUAUGUUUUUCUAAAAGGAUGUGAAAAUCAGUGUAAUUGCCACACCGCCCAGCAACUUAACCAUAAAAGAGGAGAAAACAGAUCAGGGCAGAACUCUCAGGGGAGAUGGAGAACAUGACGAAUGAGUCAUUUCUGGGGUGGAAAUCAAGUCUCAGUCUCAACCUCUAAUUUAACUACUUGGAUAAAUUUACACAAUCUGGGGAGGUAUUUAAUUGAGAAAGGAACAGCCAGCAUGCCCUAGCCUGCACUGGCAGCACAGCCAGGGCCCCCCCAGGUGGGUGGGUACCUCUCAGGCUGCCUGGGGCUGGGAGUAGACUCAGCCCACAGCCCAGAUUCGUGUCCAUUGGCAGGGGCAGGGAAGUGGCAGGAACCCAGCUGUCCCUGGGAGGACACACCCCAGACUGCUGUUUUCACAUCCUUUGCAUUCCCCACUGUCAGGAUGGUUGUCUCUUACAAAGUCAGUGCUAAAACUGGAGCAAGUGCUUUUUGAAAGAACGUAGUCUAUGGUGCUGUGGUUUUACAAUGGACAGUAAAUAUGGUUCUUGCCAAAA